AAGGAAUCCUGCCAAGUUGUCCAGCCUUUCUGUGGCGAAGGGUUAAAUCUGCAAAGAAGUUGGGCACAUCCUUUACCUAAACUGCCUCACAGGAUUGCUGAGUACGACUCCCACAUCUGCAGGGGAUAUAUUCCUGGACUCAGUGUGGAUACGCAAAACCACUGAUAAUAGAAUCCUAUUGAAAUGAAGGACUUUGAGGCAAGAAUUCGAUAGUCGCAAUGAAAGAUGUAGAACGUGCCUGGAGCUUUCCUGAAGCUUUGAGUCAGCAAUGGAUCUGAAGAAAAUGAAGGACUACAUUUAUUGGCUGUAUUUUCAGUAUCUCCUGGUCACCUGCAGCUACGUCCUAGAGCCCUGGGAACAAUCCAUGUUCCACACCAUUACAAUUACUGUGGUGGCCAUGGUGGUGUACACUGCUUAUGUCUUCAUCCCCAUCCAUAUCCGCCUGGCUUUUGAGUUCUUCUCUCAGAUAUUUGGAAGCCCACCUGAAUGUACUGCAUCACUUACAAGUUGAGCCAGCCAUUUUGCACCCAGUGCAAAGUACAGUCUUCCACCUCACUGUCUUCCUAAACUAUGCCAAUGUCUGUUUUGGAUUCUAUUUUGAACCUUUUGUUCCUGAGCACAUGUGUGCCACCUCCUUUUACAAAGCUGGGCUAUCAUUGCACUGACUACUGCCUCCUGGCUAAUUCUCACUGAAAUGCAUGAAACCUCUUUUCUUGAAGUGACAUGGUCCCACUGGGAUAUGUUGCUUUGCUAAAUCUCUCCCUAUGAAUUGCAAUUGUAUACAGCAGAUCUCCCACAAGAAGGAAUGGUUUGUUUUAUGCCUUUGUGAAUCCUUAUCCUUUCCUUAUCCUUCUGGAGAUACUAAGACUGAUUUAAGCUUGCAUGCCUUACACAGUACUGUUUUGCACACCAAAUGAUCUUGAGGAUUCUUUCUAAACAAUUUAUAGCAAUGCACAAACCUGUUGACCUAUUUCUGAAAGGGAAAACAGGAAAACUGUUUUGGUUUCUACAGUAUAAGCCUUUCCUUUUAAAAAAUGUAUUUUUAAAAAUAAAUGUAUUGUAAGUUUUCCCUUCUUGGGAUCUCUUUCUCACAGAUAUCCUGUUGCUAACAUUCAGAACACUUCAUGAGGACUUUGUUGGAAACUUUACUUUUGUAUUAAGAUACCUGAAAUCCCCCAGCCAGAAAGUUGUUAAUGUUGGGGGCAUGGUCCUUCACUUCUGUUCCUUGUUCCUAGUGUAUGACAAAGAAUCAAAGUAUUCACAAACAACAAUUGUGAAUCCAGUUGGAAAAUGCUAACUUUGGUCCUCCUCUCAUUUGCUCUGGGCUUCCUCUAAUUUCAAGUAUGAGGAAAACAAGUAAAAUAAGUGUGGCUGUUUGUUAAAUGCUGCCAUGUAGACAUGUAUGCAGAACUCUGCCUAGAGCUUUUUCUCCUUCCCCUUCCAGCUAUACACCUUGCAUCCAACAAGGGAACAGGUGAUAUUUUGAAAUGGGCAAGUGAAUAUUGCACAAGAGCUCCCGGUGUUAGGAGAAAGUGGCAGAAAUGGGAGCCUUUGGUAAAUUGAAGCUUAACUCUCACAUAAGAGGCCUUCUAUAUUCCAUGGUGUUAGCAAGAUUUGAAUUCCAGCUUCUAUGUUAUUUUAUAUAUAGUUGUACGGCAACAGGAACAUAUAUGAGUUCAAGGAGAGGAGUAAUUGCAAUAUUAAUGAGUUCUUCAAAAAAUAUAUUUGCAAGGCAACUAUAUCUAUGGGUUUGUUUGUUUUACUUUUUGCCAGGUUGUUUGUCUGUUUUUUUUACUUUUUUGCCAGGUGGUAUUAAGUUUCUUUAAGUAACCAACAUUGAGCUGCUUUCUGCUCUGUUAAUAUUUCUGUUCUGUUAAUAUUUCAUAUGAAGCAAAUAAACCAUAUAUAUUAUAAUAAAAGUUACCCUAUAUCCUAAUACUUGCAGUCUGUGAAAGCAUUUAUAGAGGAGAUUCUGAAAUAAGAUUUCUUUUUGUGAAACUGAAGUGAGCCAUCCUCAUUUGAUUUGGGUUUUGUUUUCAUUUUGGAAAGUGCCAAUGCUACACCUUAUCUAAAUGAAAUGUGAAUGCCAAAGAGCAAACCUGCAUAUCUACGCAAUCUGCUACCAGUGAAAAGUGGAUUAAAGUGUCAAAUGUAAAUAGGUCACAAAUGGUAUCUUCACAGCAACAUGGAAUAUAUGACACAUUUUGUCUCUUAGCAUAUUAACUGUGUAUGUUAACUCCACAAAUAACAGUUUAUGCUGUUUCUGUCAAAGACAUGUCUUGAAGAUUUCAGCGAUCUGAGCAUGUAUUGUAUUUCCCAGGAACAAUAAAGUUGAAUU